CAAAAUUUUGUGCCAUAACUAAUACAAUUCUUUCGUUUUAGAAGAACAUUAAAAAAAAUUGUUUAAGAAUUACACGUUAUAUAUAUUUGUAUUUAGUAAUUGCAUGUAGUUAGUGAGUAAGUUGAACAACUACAGCAGAAGAUAGUAACGUUAGGUAGCUAGCUAAUAAACUUGGCUAGAAUGACUUCGUCUUCAGCAAAGGUGGGUGAAAUCUUCUCGGCGGCAGGAGCUGCCUUCAGUAAAUUAGGUGAACUCACCAUGCAACUGCAUCCUGUAGCAGAUUCAUCCCCUGCAGGAGCCAAAUGGACAGAGACUGAAAUCGAGAUGCUGCGUUCAGCUGUGAGCCGCUUUGGUGAUGAUUUGAACAAUAUCAGCUCUGUCAUUAAAGAACGCACAGUUGCCCAGAUUAAGACCACAGUAAAGAGGAAGCUCUACGAAGACAACAGAGUCCCGCUGUCAUCAGAGCCACCCCAAAAGACUGUGAAGAAAACUACCAUUGCCAUGGCAGCGACUCCAGCAACCAUGGCUCCAACCUCAAAAGUUGUGACAGCAGGAAUGCAGCGUGCUUCUUCUUCUUCUUUGCCACAUACAAUUAAAAAGCCAAAAACUGCAGAUGUGACACUUAGCGCCCUGAAUGACUCGGACGUCAACAGUGACUUGGUGGAUAUGGAAGGGUUAGGAGAGGGUUCUACCAAAAAACCCAACUUCGAUCAAGAGUGUCUGAGUUUGGACUCCAGCCUUAUAAUGAACUCCAGCGACCUGCCACUACUUUCCCGGUGAAACACCUGAAGACCAAUACGCCAACUCAGAUGUGACGUUCAGGCUAAUAGAUUUUGGUUUGUUCAUGAACACUGGUUAAAGAAAACAGUGACAAACUAAUCUCAAACUCUGUUUUAAUUGUCUGAUACAAGUGUGUUAUUUUUGAAUUUGCUAGAUGUGUUAAGUUCGUGUAAGAUGUAUAAAGUCAAGACUUUGAAUGCGUUAAAACAUUUUCCAUCGAGUGGUUCAGAUCAGCGAGUAAAACUCCUACAGGUGCUCUAGUUUUGCUUUUGUAUUAUAUUUUAAAAAUACUCUUUAUUGUCAAAGAGGGAUGUGACUGUACUCCCAUAGAAGUUUAUCCAUUGGGUGUUGACACAAUGUAUAAUCAAAUAAAAUAAACAAUCUUA